AUGUCGGAGCUAAGGAAGCGAGGAGCUGGGGGAGAUCAUGAAGCCGGGAGCAUCACUGACAAGAAAGAACUGCCUGCCUACAGGGGGAAAAAACCUGUAAAAGAAAAGGAGACAUAUGAGCCUGAUCUUGGAGAGAAGGGAGAGGAUGUUGUCCCUAAUGGCGAUGAAGCAGUGUCGGGAGAUGAAACUGAACAGGCAGGGGAAGAGGAUGCAGAGAGGCAGGUCUGUGGAGAAGAGAGGCGAGAGGCCAACCAUGAGACUGAGGUAAGAGGAUGAAUCCUAAAAUUGGGCUACAAAAAUUGGGAUGUGGUUGGAGAGGAUAAGUUUGGCGAGCUCGACCUCAGAAGUGACACAGGCGUUCCUGAAGUUCUUCCGCCAACAGACAAGACCCCAGAAAUUUUUAAAAAGGCAUUAUCUGGUUUGUCUUCCAGGUGGAAGAAUUGGUGGAUUCGUGGGAUUUUAACUUUAGCUAUGAUUUCAUUUUUUUCCCUGGUCAUAUACAUGGGAUCAUUCAUGCUGAUGCUGCUGGUCCUGAGCAUACAAGUGAAGUGUUUCCAUGAAAUUAUUACUAUAGGCUACAGAGUCUAUCGUUCUUAUGACUUGCCAUGGUUUAGAACUUUAAGCUGGUAUUUCUUGCUAUGCGUGAACUACUUCUUUUAUGGAGAGACUGUAGCAGAUUACUUUGCUACAUUUGUUCAAAGGCGAGAACAACUUCAGUUCCUAAUUCGAUACCACCGAUUUAUAUCUUUUACGCUCUAUCUAGCAGGUUUCUGCUUGUUUGUGUUGAGUUUGGUGAAGAAGCAGUAUCGUCUGCAGUUUUACAUGUUCGCAUGGACUCAUGUCACUUUGCUGAUCACUGUAACUCAAUCUCAUCUUGUCAUCCAAAAUCUGUUUGAAGGCAUGAUCUGGUUUCUUGUUCCAAUCUCAAGUGUUAUUUGCAAUGAUAUUGCUGCUUACAUCUUUGGAUUCUUCUUUGGGAGAACUCCUUUAAUUAAGCUGUCUCCCAAAAAGACAUGGGAAGGCUUCAUCGGUGGCUUCUUUAUCACAGUCGUGUUUGGAUUCAUUGUCGCCUACCUUUUGGCUCAAUAUCAGUAUUUUGUAUGUCCUGUGGAAUACAACAGUGAGACCAACCGGUUUGUCACAGAGUGUGAACCUUCAGAACUGUUCCAGUUACAAAAAUACUCCAUACCACCGUUGCUACAGGUUGUGCUGGGCAGGGAAACAGUGAACCUGUAUCCAUUCCAGUUGCACAGCAUCGCGUUGUCGACAUUCGCCUCCUUAAUCGGGCCUUUUGGGGGCUUUUUCGCUAGCGGCUUCAAAAGAGCUUUCAAAAUCAAGGAUUUUGCAGACACUAUUCCUGGCCAUGGCGGAAUCAUGGAUCGCUUUGACUGUCAGUACCUGAUGGCUACUUUUGUACAUGUCUAUAUCACCAGUUUUAUAAGGGGCCCCAAUCCCAGCAAGCUGUUGAAACAGCUGUUGGUCCUCCAGCCGGAGCAGCAGUUGAACGUCUACAAAAUGCUGAAGUCGCACCUCAUUGAGAAAGGGAUCCUUCGGCCGUCACUGCAGGGGUAGGGGGACCAAAUUGAGGACUACAAAGAAAAGCACAGCUGGAAAAGCAGGUUUUCCUUGUGCA